AAGAACCUGAAAUAACAAAUCCAUAUAAUUUAUCAAAGGAUUUUAAAACAUCAGACUAUUGGUUAUCUGCAUUUUUAAAAAGAUAUAAAUUAUCUUGGAGACGGCGUACAAAAAUUUCCCAAAAACUUCCUAAACAAACUCAAGAAUCGUUAAAUAAAUUUUAUAACUUGGUUACUGAACUUAAAAAUAAGAAUCAUAUGAGCUUUGCAAUAUACUUAACAUGGACAAAACUCCU